CUUCCCCUCCCCCGCGCUCGGUGUGUGUCAGCCGGCCAUGGAGCGGCCGCCGCCCGCUGCCGCCGCGGGCCCUGGGGCCGCCCCGCCGGCGCCACCACCACCACCACCAGCAGCAGCAGCCCGGGCAGGCGGCGGCGCCGGCAGCGCCGCCCGCCCCGCGGCGCAGUGACAGUGCCCGCCGCCGCCCGCCGGCCCCGCGCCUCCCGCCGCCGCCCGCCGCCGCCUGCGAUGCUCAGUCAUGAAACGCGUACGCACAGAACAGAUUCAGAUGGCAGUGUCCUGCUACCUCAAACGCCGUCAGUAUGUGGACUCAGAAGGUCCCUUAAAACAAGGGCUGAGGCUGUGUCAGACUGCUGAAGAGAUGGCAGCUAAUCUCACAGUCCAAUCUGAAUCUGGUUGUGCCAACGUUGUGUCUGCAGCUCCCUGCCUGGCAGAGCCACAGCAAUAUGAAGUACAAUUUGGACGAUUACGCAAUUUUCUCACAGAUUCAGAUUCUCAGCACAGCCAUGAAGUGAUGCCUCUUCUGUAUCCUCUCUUCGUCUACCUCCAUCUGAACAUGGUCCAGAAUGGCCUGAAAAGCACAGUGGACAGUUUUUACAGCCGCUUCCAUGGCAUGUUCUUGCAGAAUGCCAGCCAGAAGGAUAUCAUUGAGCAGUUGCAGACUACCAUGACUAUUCAAGAUAUCCUGUCCAACUUGAAGCUCCGAGCUUUUCUGGACAACAAGUAUGUCAUCCGCCUUCAAGAGGACAGCUACAACUACCUUCUUCGCUACCUCCAAAGUGACAACAACAACGCCCUGUGCAAAGUCCUGACCUUGCACAUUCACCUGGAUGUGCAGCCUGCCAAGAGGACAGACUACCAGCUCUACACCGGCGGGAGCUCCUCACGCAACGAAAGCAAUGGCCUGGAACCCAGCGACGUGCCGGCCUCUAUUCUACAGAACGAGGCGGCCCUGGAUUUACUGCAGGACAGCAUUAAACGUGUCAAGGACGGGCCCCCUUCCCUAACGACCAUCUGUUUCUAUGCCUUCUAUAACACAGAGCAGUUGCUGAACACUGCAGAGAUCUCACCGAAUAGCAAGCUGCUUGCUGCCGGGUUUGAUAAUUCGUGUGUGAAGCUGUGGAGCCUGCGUUCCAGGAAGUUAAAAUCUGAGCCCCAUCUUGUUGAUGUGUCCCGCAUCCGCCUGGCUUGUGACAUCCUGGAUGACGAGGAGGAAGAGGAUGACAGCGUAGGCACAGAAAUGAAGAUCCUGAGAGGACACUGUGGACCUGUGUAUAGCACAAGGUUCCUUUCAGACAGUUCAGGACUCUUAUCUUGUUCUGAGGACAUGUCCAUCAGAUACUGGGACCUCGAAAGUUUUACAAACACUGUGUUGUACCAAGGACAUGCCUAUCCUGUCUGGGAUUUGGAUAUUAGUCCCUGCAGCCUGUACUUUGCCAGUGGUUCCCAUGAUCGCACAGCAAGACUCUGGUCAUUUGAUCGGACGUACCCACUGCGAAUAUAUGCAGGCCAUUUGGCGGACGUGGACUGUGUCAAGUUCCACCCCAAUUCCAACUACUUAGCAACAGGCUCCACAGACAAAACUGUGCGCUUAUGGAGCACUCAGCAGGGCAACUCAGUGCGUCUUUUCACAGGUCACCGUGGCCCUGUGCUAGCGCUUGCGUUUUCUCCCAAUGCUGCUGUUGGCUUUCUGGCAGUUUCCAGUGUCAUUACCAUGUCGGCCCCUUUCUUUCUGGGGAAAGUCAUUGAUGUUAUUUAUACGAAUCCCAGUGGAGACUUCACUGACAGCCUGACCAGCCUCUGUGCUUUGCUGAGCGGAAUCUUUCUAUGUGGUGCUGCUGCUAAUGCUACACGUGUCUACCUCAUGCAAACUGCAGGACAAAGAAUUGUGAAACGUUUGAGAGCAACUAUGUUCUCCUCUAUUCUGAAGCAAGAAACUGCUUUCUUUGACAAGACCAGAACGGGAGAGCUGAUAAACCGUUUAUCUUCAGAUACAGCACUCUUGGGCCGUUCGGUGACUGAAAACCUUUCCGACGGGCUCAGAGCAGGAGCGCAGGCAUCUGUGGGGAUUGGGAUGAUGUUUUUUGUGUCUCCUAACCUUGCUGCGUUUGUUCUGAGUGUUGUGCCACCCUUGGCUGUCCUGGCUGUGAUUUAUGGAAGAUACUUGCGAAAACUUACUAAAGUGACCCAAGAUUCCCUUGCAGAAGCGACACAGUUAGCUGAAGAACGUAUUGGAAACAUAAGAACAGUUCGAGCUUUUGGGCAAGAAAUGGCUGAAAUGGAAAAAUAUACAAACAAAGUCAAUUAUGUACUACAGUUGGCUAAAAAAGAGGCGCUAGCUCGGGCAGGCUUCUUUGGAGCAACUGGGCUUUCUGGAAACUUAAUUGUCCUCUCCGUCUUGUACAAAGGAGGGUUACUGAUGGGCAGUGCCUACAUGACAGUUGGUGAACUCUCUUCUUUCUUAAUGUAUGCUUUCUGGGUUGGAAUAAGCAUUGGAGGUCUAAGUUCCUUUUAUUCUGAACUAAUGAAAGGAUUAGGUGCUGGCGGACGUCUGUGGGAACUUAUUGAAAGGAAGCCGCAACUUCCAUUUAAUGAGGGAAUCAUAUUAGGCAAAGACACAUUCAGAGGUGCUUUGGAAUUCAAGGAUGUUGAGUUUGCCUAUCCAACUCGUCCAGAAACAUCCAUUUUCAAAGAUUUUAGCCUCUCCAUUCCAGCUGGCUCUGUUAUGGCUCUGGUUGGCCCAAGUGGUACAGGGAAAUCGACCAUUGUAUCCCUCCUGCUGAGGCUGUAUGAUCCUACAUCAGGUAUUAUCACUGUUGAUGGCUUUGAUAUCCGCCAGUUAAAUCCACUGUGGUUCAGGACAAAAAUUGGAACAGUGAGUCAGGAACCAAUUCUGUUCUCCUGUUCUAUUGCUGAAAAUAUUGCCUAUGGUGCAGAGGAUCCUUCUACUGUGACUGCAGAAGAGAUUCAGAAAGUUGCGGAAAUAGCUAAUGCUGCUAGUUUUAUCAAAGAUUUUCCAAAAGGCUUCAACACCGUAGUUGGAGAAAAAGGCAUUCUACUUUCAGGUGGACAAAAGCAACGAAUUGCGAUUGCUCGAGCUCUACUCAAGAAUCCUAAAAUUCUUCUGUUAGAUGAAGCAACAAGUGCUUUGGAUGCUGAAAACGAAUACCUAGUGCAAGAAGCUCUAGACCGGCUAAUGGAAGGGAGGACAGUCUUAAUUAUUGCUCAUCGUCUGUCUACGAUUCAGAAUGCUGAUCUUGUCGCAGUUCUUGGCCAGGGCAGAAUUCUUGAAUGUGGAAAACAUGAGGAACUACUUGCAAAUCCACAUGGACUUUUCAGGAAACUAAUGCAAAAACAAGCUUUUCUUCAGAAUAGUGAUACUUUUGCAUUAGACGUACAAUCCAGAGAAAAGGAUGUAUUAGAAAAAAAUAUAUGAGAGAAUCUAUGAAUUAUGGAAGCUUAUAACUACAAAGAAUAUAACUUAUGUUUCAGUUAUGUAAAGUAAAUGUUAUAUUUUUCCAAAAUGUACAAAAUAUCCUUUUGAAACUUAAAUGUGUUUAAACUUUUUAUUGAAGGCUUUUUAAUAAGUAUUGUAACUUUUUAAAAUGUCUAUCACAUUGAGAUCAUUUUCAUUUCUGCUUUGUGUUGUCCUGAGACCAUUUAGAAUCUUCUUUCCUAUAAUGCGCUGUAUGACGAUGUACUGCAUUCUCAAGUACGUUCAGUACUUUAAGGGUAAUUAAACAACAGAAUCUGA